CAAGGCAUCUCAUAGGAGGCUUUUUCAUAAAACUAGGCUCUGCUGGUAGUAAGGAGGCCACUCUCGAAGCAGGCGUUGAGCUGUGCACAUCUCCCCACCACAGGCACCUUCUCCAUAUAUCCAGCUUUUAUUUCAUUUUUUCCACUUGGCUGAGCCAUCCAGAGCCUUUUCAAUGUAUAAAAUGGAAUAUUCUUACCUCAAUUCCUCUGCCUACGAGUCCUGUAUGGCUGGGAUGGACACUUCGAGCCUGGCUUCAGCUUAUGCUGACUUCAGUUCCUGCAGCCAAGCCAGUGGCUUUCAAUAUAACCCUAUAAGGACCACUUUUGGGGCCACCUCUGGCUGCCCAUCCCUCACUCCAGGAUCCUGCAGUCUCGGCUCUCUUAGGGACCACCAGAGCAGUCCAUACGCAGCAGUUCCUUACAAACUCUUCACCGACCACGGGGGUUUAAACGAGAAGAGGAAACAGAGGCGGAUCAGAACUACGUUCACCAGCGCCCAGCUCAAGGAACUGGAGAGGGUGUUCGCAGAGACUCAUUAUCCUGAUAUAUACACCCGGGAGGAGCUGGCACUCAAGAUAGACCUCACCGAGGCGCGAGUGCAGGUCUGGUUCCAGAACCGCCGCGCCAAAUUCCGCAAGCAGGAGAGGGCGGCGGCGGCGGCGGCGGCGGCCGCCAAGAACGGGGCGGCCGGCAAGAAGUCCGACGCCUCCCGCGACGACGAGAGCAAAGAGGCCAAGAGCACCGACCCCGACAGCACCGGCGGCCCCGGCCCCAACCCCAACCCCGCUCCCAGCUGCGGCGGAGGCGGCGGCGGCGGCCCCAGCCCCGCGGCCGGGCAGGGAGCGGCGGGGCCCGGCGGACCGGGGGCCGAGCCGGGCAAGGGAGCGGCGGGGCCCGGCGGGCUGGCGGCGGCGGGGCCGGGGCAGGGCUGGGCGCCGGGGCCCGGGCCCAUCACCUCCAUCCCCGACUCGUUAGGCGGCCCCUUCGCCAGCGUCCUCUCCUCGCUGCAGCGGCCCGGAGGCACCAAAGGCAGCCUCGUCAAGAGCGGCAUGUUCUGAGCGGCGGCGGCGGCGGCGGCGGCGGCCCCUCCCGCUCAUUA